AUGCCUUUAACAGUUGGUUCAAUCUCACUCCCUGCUCGACGUAUCAUUCGUGAUGCCUUCAAGGAGCUGCAGCGGACAGUGUCGCCGCUAGAGGCAAAAGACUUCCAAAAAAUGACGCUAGAAGACGUUCAAAGAGCGACACUUGAGAUUGAGAACCAGCUAGCAGCCAGGAAGAUGCUCAGAAAUAUGCGCCGUUUGAUGCCGUUGUUCCAAGGGCUGGAACAUUACUCAAAGUCGAUUGAGGUGCUCUGCAAUGGCACGCCAUAUCUGCCCUGGAUUUGGGCUCCUAUAAAACUCAUUCUUACGGUAAUCGCAUCAGACUUUGUCGAAGCUAUUGAACGAAUCGUCGCCGCCUAUGCACAAAUUGCAGAAUCUUUACCCAGAAUCGAGAUACUUAAUCAAGCUUUUAGUAAAAGAAUUGAAUUUCAAGAGACCUUGGCCAUUUUUUAUGCAGACAUAUUGACGUUCCACCGCCACGCUUACCUCUUUGUUCGGAGGAGUAGCUGGAAGAUAUUUUUUCUCACAUCAUGGGGUCGAUUUCAACGGCGGCUCGACACAAUUCUCACUAAUAUAAAAGCUCAUGAAGAAUUGAUUGACAAGACCGCUAAUGCCGUCAAUAUCUUGGAAGCCUCCAAGAUGAGGGAAAGUCUACGUGAUCAAAGAAAUGAAAGCCUUAAUGAGGUUGCAAAGCAAGAAGAUGAAGACUCAACUAAACAAUAUCAGGCCAUCGUUGGAUGGUUGAAGAUGGAUGAUACAGACCAACAAGUCAUCUUUGACUCAAUCGCCUCAGAAGCAGAAAAGAGUGAAGGGACUUGCAACUGGAUAUUGAAGCAACCGACUCUCGUCUCAUGGAUGAAAUCACAGCCGGAAACUCCAUUCGUUUGGCUCCAGGGCAAUCCGGGAACGGGCAAAAGCGUGUUGACAACACAAAUUGACGUUUUUCUUCGAGCUAGCGAUCAGUCUCUUGUUAUUCGUCAUUUUUGCACCUAUUCAUACGCAUCAUCAAUCCAAUUUGACCAAAUUCUCCGAUCUCUACUUCUUCAACUGGCUCGCUCGAACAGUGACCUAAUAACUUAUAUUUAUGAAGAAUUUGUCUUGGCCAAACAAGCCGUCACGAUCAAGUCGCUCUCUCAACUAGUUCGUACAAUUUGCGAAGCUAUCUCACCUUUACCCUCCAAGAAGAAAUACGUCCAUAUCAUUCUUGAUGGAUUAGAUGAAUGCGAUGCUGAGAAACAAGGACGAAUAAUAAACUUACUGGAGUCGCUCAUAUCUGUGGGGGGUCCGACGCACUCCAAAGUCUUGAUUUCUAGUCGGCCAUCACCAUUGUUAACAAAGAGGUUCCGAAAACGGCCCACCGUUUCACUUCUAGACGAAAAGAGCAAAAUUGAUGAGGCCAUCAAAAUUUAUGCUAAUCAGAAGCUAAGUCUCCUCCGCAAUCGAUUCUCGGAGCUUGGCAUUUGUGGCACAGAUAUUACGGAGCUCUCUCAUAGCAUAUCCUUGAAAUCUGACGGUAUGAGUAUCCUUUACGAACAUAUUCUGUCGCAGAUAGUUGCCAGGCUAGACACUCGAUCCAUGGGACGAAUCAAAUCUAUCUUUGGAUGGAUAGCAUUUGCCAGGCGCCCACUAACACAAGUUGAAUGUCGCUCAGCUAUGGCAUUUAGUCAAGGAGAUAUAGAGACUCCGGUGAUGCCACCCCAGUAUAUUUUUGAAAUGUGCAUGCCGCUUAUUCACGAGAAUAAGGAUAAAACUUUCUCAUUCAUUCAUGUUUCUGUCAAGGAUCACCUCAAAUCAACAGAGAGUGCGAUGGCUUUGAAAGAUACUUAUGCGUUUUGCGAACAUAGCAUAGCGUCCAUCACCUGCCUACUUGCCGGUUUUCGAAUCUUUGAUACAACAUACGACUCAAAUGAGCGAAAUUUGAGGAUUUUGAGAGGCCUUCAUGGUUUUCACAUCUACGCAACAGAGUACUGGCUUGAAGACCUACUAUGUAGCAACGCUACUAUAUGUGAUGACCACGAGGUUGCUUCCCUUCUGUGCUUGACAGCCAAAGCAUUAGCGGACCGGCUGAACACAGCGAGGAUCUCAGCAGAGAUUUCAGUGCAGCAAGAAUCGGAUACGUUAGAUACUCGAUUGGACAAGUUCGCAAAUCUGGGAGCCAUAUAUGACAUGCUACGAUCUGCUUUAAGAGAGCGGUCCACGAAAGCUACUUCUGACCAGGCCAAGCAAGAGACCUUUUCUACAGAUAUUAUAGGGCUCGCGCCACAAAAUCUCAAAGACCUUCUAGCAAGCUACCAAGCCAGCAUCCGAUCUCUAUUGAUGAUCCCUUCGUUCCCAGGAAUUACUUUCGAGGAAUUGGAGAAAUUUAAACGAGAGUUUCGAACGGCCGCAUUCACUUGCCGUGUUCCAAACUGUCCCCGUGCAGCCACGGGCUUCGCCGACCAGAAAAAACUAUCAGAGCACGAACGAACACACACGCAACACAUCGUUUGUACGGUU